AUGCUUGAUUAUCCAUAUUUUAAUGACUACUCCAAGGACUUCCUUGUUAGAUCUUGUGGGAAACUGUGGAUUCUGGAUAGGAUCCUCAUGAAGCUGCAUAGAACAGGACAUCGGGUACUGCUCUUUAGUACUAUGACAAAACUUCUGGACAUAAUGGAGGAGUAUUUGCAAUGGAGGAGACUAGUAUACAGAAGGAUUGAUGGUACAACUAGCCUUGAAGAUCGUGAGGCAGCUAUUGUAGAGUUUAAUAGUCCUAAUUCUGAUUGCUUCAUCUUCUUGCUCAGUAUUCGUGCAGCUGGAAGGGGGCUUAAUCUUCAAUCUGCCGACACAGUCAUCAUCUAUGAUCCUGAUCCGAACCCCAAAAAUGAAGAACAGGCAGUUGCAAGGGCCCACCGAAUUGGACAGAAAAGGGAAGUAAAAGUCAUUUACAUGGAAGCAGUAGUCAACAAAAUCCCUAGCCAUCAGAAAGAGGAUGAAUUUGGAAGUGGAGGUUCCGUUGAUCUAGAAGAUGACCUGGCUGGUAAAGAUAGAUACAUGGGGUCCAUCGAGGGCCUCAUAAGGAACAACAUUCAACAAUAUAAGAUGGACAUGGCUGACGAGGUUAUCAAUGCUGGGCGUUUUGACCAAAGAACAACACAUGAAGAGAGACGCAUGACUUUGGAAACACUGCUGCAUGAUGAAGAGAGGUAUCAGGAAACAGUGCAUGAUGUUCCGUCACUUCAACAAGUGAAUCGGAUGAUUGCUAGAAGUGAAGAGGAAGUUGAGUUGUUUGAUCAAAUGGAUGAAGAACUAGACUGGGAAGAGGAUAUGACCAGGUAUGACCAGGUGCCUGAGUGGCUUCGAGCCAGUUCUAACGAUGUGAAUGCUGCAAUUGCGAAUCUCUCCAAGAAACCAUCAAAAUAUAUGUUAUCUGCUGGAAAUUUGGUUGCACAAGCCAGUGAAAAUGAGCCCCGAAGGGGGCGACCUAAGGCAAAGAAGUCUCCAAAUUACAAGGAAAUUGAUGACGAUAAUGGAGAAUAUUCCGAUGCUACUUCUGCUGAGGGAAAUAGAUAUUUUGCUCAUGAUGAAGAGAUAGAGAUUAGAGAAUUUGAAGAUGAUGAAUCUAGUGGUGCUGGUGAGGCACAAGCAAUCCAUAAGGACCAGUCAGAAGAUGAAUUUCCAGCAUGUGAUGGUGGGUAUGAGUAUCCCCGGGCUUCUGAUGGUAUUAGAGGCAGUCGAAUUUUAGAGGAAGUUGGUUCCUCGGGAUCAUCCUCUAAUGGCAGGAAAAUGAUAAGGAUGGUGUCUCCGGUUUCAUCCCAAAAGUUUGGAUCUUUGUCUGCCUUAGAUGCAAGACCAGGUUCUCUUUCUAAGCGGUUGCCAGAUGAGGUGGAGGAGGGGGAGAUAGCGAUGUCUGGAGAUUCUCACAUGGAUCGCCAGCAAUCAGGAAGUUGGAUUCAUGAGCGUGAUGAAGGUGAAGAUGAACAGGUCUUGCAACCCAAAAUAAAACGGAAACGAAGCAUUCGGCUUCGACCCCGCCAUAUUGUAGAGAAGACAGAUGAGAAGCCUGUUAACGAGGUUCCACGUGGAGAUUCCUGUCCUUCACCUUUCCAAGUGGAACACAAGUAUCAACAGUUGAGGAGUGAUCUGGAAACCAGAGAAAUAAAUGCUGUAAAGAAUGAUCAAACCGAUUCUUCGAAAAUCAGGCGAAAUUUACCCACUAGGAGAGCAGCUAGUGCAUCAAAGUUGCAUGCAUCAUCACCAAAAUCAGGGAGGAUGAGUUUGCAGUCCCUUCUGUCACAUGUGGCAGAUGACAUGGCGCCAACAAGGUGA